AUGUCUCCCAAUCAAUUUAAGAUGUCUUACAACGGACGCAACCGUCACCACGGACCCAGAAACGGGCAUGGUCGCGGCGGCAGAGAUCUUGACAUUCAAAUGGCCAAUGGCCCAAGAUCGACGAACAAUGAAAAUCCACGGACUCGCUACAACCAACACUACAAGAACCGCCAGGGCAGGGACUGGCACAACUGGAGCAAUGACGACCUAGCGUUUACCAAUGAGCGGCGACCAUUGGUCCAUGAGGAUAAAGGCUUCUCUGGUAGCGACCCUCGUCAUCCUGGCAACCAGUACCAUUACUGGAACCGUGGCCAGUACCAAAGGCCACAGAACUACGAUGGUGCCAGGUACCAGGGCACAGGUCAGCCUGACAGACGCCGUGGGCACCCCUGGAAUCAGCAAGAUAGAGGGCAAGCCAAGUCCGAAACUGCUGGGGGGAAUCGGCAUCCCAAGUUUGACCGCAGGAUUCAUCCUGCUGGUCAACAAGUCUAUGGUGGAAACUCGAAUGAGAACAAUCAGAACGGUCAAAGACGACCAAAUGGCAUCUAUGACGCAGACGGUGACAUAAAAAUGGUCGAUGUUUUUCAACUGGGUGAAACAUCUUAUCUACCACGCAUGGACACCCUGUCAGCCAAUAUUGAGUCUGAACUUCAAAUCCUGGCACGCAUGCAUCGUUAUGCUGUCAGUGUGAUUCAUUGGUGCGGAAUCAAUCAAGAGUUCAAAGAUCGAGUCUGGGAAGCUAAUGCUCUCGCACAGAAGAUUCAAGAUGUUGCUCAAGCCCUGCAAGAGUGUGUCUCCCCAAAGAUCCAAACUCUAAUACAGAGAACUAACAAAAUCGGACAGGCAGCUCAGUCAAUCGGCUACGUCAACAACUAUGUUCAGUCUUGCUCUCAUACCAGUCAAACUCUACAAGCUGAGACUCAUUUGCUAGAGUCGAUGCAUGGUCAAAACCUGAAUCCUACCAAUGUGCCGGACGCCGCCGAUGCGCCGGAUGUCGACGGCCCGGGGUUCAUGUUCUUGAGAGGACUCGUUUAA